CCCGCGCCUGUGUGGGCCGGGCCGGGAGGAUGGCCGCGGAGAUGGAGUCGUCGCUGGAGACCAGCUUCUCGUCCAGCUGCGUCGUGUCCGGGGCCUCCGGGCUCCUGCCGCCCGCGCGCUCACGCAUCUUCAAGAUCAUCGUGAUCGGAGACUCCAACGUGGGCAAGACGUGCCUGACCUACCGCUUCUGCGCCGGCCGCUUCCCAGACCGCACCGAGGCCACGAUCGGCGUGGACUUCCGAGAACGGGCGGUGGAGAUCGACGGGGAGCGCAUCAAGAUCCAGCUAUGGGACACGGCAGGACAGGAGCGCUUCCGGAAGAGCAUGGUGCAGCAUUACUACCGGAAUGUGCAUGCUGUGGUCUUCGUGUAUGACAUGACCAACAUGGCCAGCUUCCACAGCCUACCCCUGUGGAUCGAGGAGUGCAAACAACACCUGUUAGCCAGCGACAUACCCCGGAUCCUUGUCGGAAAUAAAUGUGACUUGGGAAGUGCCAUUCAGGUGCCUACGGACUUGGCACAAAAGUUUGCUGAUACCCACAGUAUGCCUUUGUUUGAAACGUCUGCCAAAAACCCCAAUGACAACGACCACGUGGAAGCGAUAUUUAUGACGUUGGCACAUAAGCUGAAGAGCCACAAGCCCCUCAUGCUUAGCCAGCCCCCCGAGAAUGGAGUUGUCUUGAAGCCCGAAGCAAAGCCGUCUGUGACGUGUUGGUGCUAGGUGAAGGUCUUACAUGGUCUUGUCUGGUCUAAAAGACAUUGGAAGGUGGGCACUGAUAAGUCAUAAGAUUUCAUCUUAAACAGGAGGACCUGGCACUUCGCUGUCUAUCAUCUGCUUACUUUUGUAUUUUGUAGUAAGUUUGUCUUGACAAGUGGAAAGUGACGGGAGGCUGACUUGUGAGAGUGCGGAGGAGGAGGAGGCUGGAGUGAGCGAGGGGGAACUGCCAGUCACUAACUUCUGUCCGGGGGGUGGACUGACCAAAGACACUGCUUAAUACACACUUAGCUAUCUGUCAGCCAGAUUGAGAGGAAGGGGCUUUGCAUUUCACUGUGGUAUCUAAACAUAGAUGCAAAGAAUCUAUGGUUGGGAUUGGCAAAUGUGGGUUUCUGGCAAUCCUUUCUCUCCCCCUCCACUCUGUUUACUACGGAUGCAGUGCUGGAUUACGUCAGUUUUCGUGUAGUAGCUCCAAGGGCCCACCAACUCUACUUGUGACCCCCCUAUGCACUUCUGUAUUAUCCACUUUUUUUUUGGUGGUGGUAGUAUGGGACUUGAACUCAGGACCUCAUGCUUGCUUAGCAGGUG